AUGGAGGGAGGCCUGGUGGAGAACUCGGCCGGCGACACUUUGGACCGAUCCGAGGACGAGGCGGCCCUUCAAGGAUGCUGCAGUCCGAAAAAGGCGCCCUACCGAUUUCUAGGGCUGGCGCUCAUGUGUCUGCUCGGAUUCGGCUCGUAUUUUUGCUUCGAUAAUCCGGGCGCGCUGCAGGAUAAUUUCAAAACUGACCUGCACAUGUCAACUAGCACAUUUGUCUUGCUGUAUUCCAUUUAUUCCUGGCCGAAUGUCAUUCUCUGCUUCAUCGGCGGAUUCCUGUUGGAUAGCGUCUUUGGAAUUCGGCUGGGUACGGUGAUAUACAUGGGACUCACUUUGAUCGGCCAGAUCAUUUUUGCAAGUGGCGCUAUGAUCGAUGCUUUUUGGUUGAUGAUGCUUGGUCGAUUUGUCUUUGGAAUCGGCGCAGAGUCGUUGGCAGUUGCGCAGAACAGUUAUGCGGUCCUUUGGUUCAAAGGGAAAGAGUUAAACAUGGUGUUCGGGCUGCAGUUGAGCUUCGCCCGGGUAGGAUCGACCGUGAACUUCUUAGUAAUGGAGCCGGUAUACAACUAUGUGGCUCAAUAUUACAAGGGCCCGAAGUGUAUCGGAGUAGUUCUCUUUCUCGCAGCCAUCACCUGUGUGAUGUCGAUGAUAUGCGCCUGUGUAUUGGGCUUCAUGGAUAAACGGGCCGAGAGAUUGCUCCGACGAGGCGAGGGACAGGAACCGCAGGUCGUUAGUUUAAGGGACGUCAAAGAUUUCAAGCCAAUCUUUUGGUUGGUCGCGCUCAUUUGCAUUGCUUAUUACGUCGCGAUAUUCCCUUUCAUCGCUUUGGGAAAAGUAUUUUUCGAGCGGAAAUAUGAAUUUGAUCCAUCCGCAGCAAAUACAGUAAAUUCUCUGGUUUAUUCGAUAUCGGCGAUAGCUUCGCCUCUGUUAGGUUACAUGGUGGAUAGAACGGGUAAAAAUGUAACGUGGGUGUUCAUUAGUAUCUGCGUGACUAUCAUUGCUCAUGGGUUGCUCGCUUUUACCUAUUUGAACCCUUACGUGUGUAUGGUUCUCAUGGGACUGGCCUAUUCUAUGCUCGCUAGUAGCUUGUGGCCUUUGAUUGCACUUGUGACGCCAGAGCAUCAACUUGGAACUGCUUAUGGAAUAGCGCAGUCUGUACAAAACUUAGGUCUCGCUGUAGUCGCAAUUGUGGCUGGUAUAAUUGUCGACAAAGGAGGAUAUUUAAUGCUCGAGAUGUUCUUCCUCGGUUGGCUUUGGAUUUCACUGAUAACCGCCGGUGCAAUCUGGGUGUCGGACAUGGCAACAAGUGGCGGUUAUCUCAACAUGACGCCAGGACAAAGAGAACGAUACGAGGCAGUUCAAUGCACGCCUGAAAAUUUGGAACGAGAAAAAUUAUUAUCGUCGGAAUGCACAUCGGAUUUCUCGGCGGAUAGUCUUAUGCAGCCACAAUCUGACAUCAGUAUACGAAAUCGUUACUUGUCUCGCAUUGGUGCGAUGGUACCACCACAUGCGAUUACGCCAAUUCAUCGACCUUUACGAUGAUAAUUUAGUUCCAAAUUCAUGAUACGAAUAGGUGUGUAAAAAUACUUAAAAAGUCUCGUCGAAAUGUUGGCUCAUUAUGUCUUCCUAUUACACACAGCUUGAUCUGUGAUAAUUUCGUAACGCAGUUACUGUUCGAUUAGAGAUUACGUUUUAACAAGCGUAUUGUAGCUGUUUCUUUGAUAGUCUCGAUCGAUGCCGAUUACACGUUACACGUGAUAUAUACGAAACUUUUGACAAUUCAUGACGAUGGCACAAUUAUAGAUCUUUUAUCAAUGGUGGAAUAAUUCUCUCUACCUCUAAUUUAAAAAAUAAGCGUUGCGAAGUUACUUGUUCAUAAGAUAUUUGACGUGUAAUAUAUAUAUAUAUAUAUUGAUGUAAUAUUAUAAUAAAUGUUCGAUCUUUGAU